UUCUGCCGCGCAACGGAACCGAGCAGACCAGGAGUUCGCCCGGAAAUCUUUGCCGGAGUUCUACAAGGGUUUAAUUCGUCAAUCGAGGUGAGUGAUUUAUCUCUCGUUAGAAUUAAUUCGUAAGUUAGGAUUCGUUAAUAUAUUAUCUCCAAUUGAUGUUGAAUUUGUGAGUUGGAUUGUUGAAUACCUUGAUUAAUUGGAAUUGAUUGUAUAUUUGGAAUGGGGUUUGGGUUGGAUAAUGGCUAUUUGCCUUUUUCGAACUUUUCUCUGCUAUGUACUGUUCCGUCGCUCUCUCUGUACCUCCUCUGUUCUUCUCUAUUUGUUCCUCUCUCUGCUCGGAGCCGCUGCUGUGUUGCUGACCAGGGAGGUCGUCGUAGGUGACCCCGCUGCUGGACAAAAUGUUCGCCGCUGGUUGGAGUUGGGGAGCAGGUACUCUUUGGACAAUAGGAUUGGGGAUUUAAGUUUCUAAAAUUGUAGAUUGACCCCAUGAUUCUCAAGACGUUGCAAUUAGGCCCUCUUCUAUAUUAUGCCUCUAAAAUAUGAAUAAAGGCUACAAAUUAAUCUAAUGCAUUGUUUAAACUAAUGAAUUGUGUAAGGGUAAUUAUGUGAUUGAAUUGGAUUAUGGGAUCAUGUCUCCUGGUAUAUCUAAGAAGGUUUGAGUUAACUUAAUUCAUAAGGAUUAAGAUUUAGGAUUUAGGCCUGGUGGGGCGAGCUUCGCAUAACUCACAGGUCUUGGGUUAAAAACGUACGUACGGGAGUCAUUAGCCUACCUUGGGAUUCCAUUGUAGGGGCUCCAACCCGCCCAUUGAGGAUUCUCUUUGGGUUUCAUCAAGCGUGGCCUCGUGGGAUCCGUCCGAGUGUCCAUGACUUAGUUAAUCAAAAGGAACUUUAGCCUAUAGGGUUAAAUGUAGAAAAAAACAGGAACUGAAUAUAAAUAAAUAGUUGAUCAUGAUAUUUGAUAAUGAUAUUUGCUGAUUCUUCUGAUAUUGUGUGAUUAUAUAUUGAUGGGUGCUAGUCUAUGAGUUAGUUUUAGCGUUAGAUACUUCACUCUCCCUAUUUUUACAGGUAGGGAUCAAGGAUUAGACGAGGAGCAGCCUGGAGGACAGUGAGACGUGACGCUGGUGGAUGGCCCGAAGCUGUUUAACUUAAAUUAAAUAUAGUUCGUUGGAUUUGUUUACUUAAAUUACUAGAAAGUUGAAUGUUGUUUUCAAGGCUUCCGCAAUGUUUGAAUUAUUUACUCCGAUUAAAUGAUAAAUUAUUUUCAAUAAAUAUGAGUGUUUGUU